AUGGACUCUGCUUCCCUCUCCCUGGCCAUCCAGCUGAUGCUGGAAGACUUGGACGCCCUAAAGUCCGGAAUAAAGGGCAAGGGCCGGGAAGACGACGGGCCCCCUGAUAUUGCCAUCGCCACGGAGUUCUUCCGAAAGGAACUCGCAACACAAGCAGUUCUUGCGUCCGAUCGAACCAUGUGCGAAAGUAUUGCUGAGGCCGUGACCAAAGAUGCUGACACAAUCAGGUGCCUCGACCCAGAGCAGGCACAGCGGGAUGCUCAGCUCGACGACGAGCUCGUCGACAAGCUGAAGCUCCUCUACGUCACCGACCGGGAAGAGCCAGUGGAAGAUAACCAAGACCAGGACCAUGAGCUCCCUGAGGCGGAAUCUUCCUUGUGGGGCACUCGCCGCGUUGUUAAGCGGCGCCCAAGGAGGAAUUGCACCGGUUGCGGCGACGAGUUUGACUUUAUCAAUGUGGCGCGCUCCUCAACUCUUGACGAGUCUCUGUAUCCCCCGCGCUGCUGCCAGCAGCGCAUACCCCUAGAUCAGAAUCGCAUCUUUCUGACCCCGGACCUGGUAGGCCGGUUCAAGGCCAAGGAGAUGGAGCUGGAGACUUCCAGAAAGGUGUACUGCCACGACCCAAAGUGCUCCACGUUUGUGCCGCCAAAGUUUGUCAACGAGCAUGUCGUUGUCGAGCACAAUUUUGCUAUCUUUGCGGUGAGCGGUGGAAGACUUGCACUUGUCAACAAUGGGACGAGCGUCGCCUGUAUAGUCGAGCCGCAAACGUCAUCGCCAGAGACCCACAGGUCCGACUUUUGGACCCUCUGGCGCGUCAGGAACGGAUGCGAGAAGCCGCUGCUCAUCUCAGGGUGA